AUGGCCCCUUCUACUCCUACACCCAGCCCUUUCGCCGCCAUGAGGAACUUUGGUGGUAUGGUGUCAUCUGCUCUUUCUUUCGGCGACAGAUCUCGCCAAGUCUCCUCCCUCGGCCUCGGCACUCUCUCUCUGGGGGAGCCGUCUGGCGCUGCCCCGCCCCCUCGCUCCGCCUCUCCCUCCGCUGGUUCUCCCGUCCCCGUAACGGGUUCUCCUGGAGGGCCUCCUCCUGCCGCCACUCCUCGCCGUAGGACACCCGCCUUUCGUCCUGGUGAGUCUCCGUCCUCCUCCGACCAGGACUCGCUCAGUGGGGGCUCGGAGUCGGGUGAUCGACCCGACACCGAAGAAAGUGAGGAUGAUGAUGAUGGGGAGGGUAGGAUCGAUAGUGAGGGUGAAAGCGAGUUAGAAGAAUACCCGGAUGAUGAUGUGGAGGUGAUUAGUGUAGAGGACAACAACGUAGAUAGUCCUGAGCCCGGUCCUGCCCCUCCCCCUGCUCAAAUUGUGGGCCAGAAACGACGCCGUUCCCUCUCUUCUUCUUCUUCUUCCUCUUCUUCUUCUUCCUCUUCUUCUUCCGGGGUUCUCCCCCCCCCCAACGCCAUCGCCGCUGCCGCCGCUGCUGGUCCUGCUGCCGCCGCCCCCGUCGCUGCUCCCCCCCCUUCUCCCAGAGGGGAGCCUUCGCCCAAACGGGUGAAGAGAUCACUGCGGGAAGAAGAGUACUUGUGGGAGAAGAUGAAGUCCGAGCCUGGUCGUUGGAUCGCGGUUGGUGUUGACGAAGCGUGUGAUCGUUGCCGGCCCUCCGUUGUGCUUCAUGCACGUCUGGCCCCUGCUCCUUCUGUCCCGUUUCCUCUGCCCGGGACAUCCCGCCCCGUCCCUCCGACUCUUCGCCCUUCCCCCCUCCUCAGACUCCAGCGUCUGUCCCCCGUUCGCGGGUACCUCCUUCGUCUCUCCGGUCGGUUCGCCGUACUUCGCCGGACCCCGGACCUCCGCCCGUCGCCUCCGUCGCCGUCGCCCUUCGCUCCUGUGGCCGGCCCAUCACGUCUCCCGGCUGUUCCUCCUUCGUCUUCUCGCCGUCCUUCGGCCUCUGCUCCUUCGGCCUCUCGUCCUUCGGCGCCACGUCCGUCCUCUCCAGUGGUAGCUUCUCCUCCGGCUCACAGCACCCGAAGUCGGCGUCCUUCUGUUCCUCCGGCCACUUCGGCGGCCCCUCCCGUCACCCCUCCCUCUGCUUCCCAGAAGACACCGAAGUCUUCUUUAAAGAAAUCAAAAGGGAAAUCUAAAGAGAAGGAGGUUGCCUUCAAUGAUGGUGAUGUGGAAAGUGAAGAUACUCAGCGUGCUGGUCCCUCUGCUCCCCGGUUGUCCCUCGUCCACCCUCGUAUCUCCCUGGACGUCCGUAUUCCUGAGGACGAAAAGGAAUUCGCCACUUAUCGUUCUCUCGUCCUCGGUCUCACUACUCAGCUUGAGGCCGCCCGAAAUGAUACAUCUCUCCUGCUUGACUUCUCUUCUCGUCAAGCUAACGCUUUAAACAAUCUUACUGCGGCGUUAGUAGAUGUAGUCAACACUGGGGCUCUGGACGACGAAGCAAGGACAAGGUUAGCGGACGUCUCUCGCCGAAGCCUUACUGAGAUAGCCGAUGUUCGCCGAAGACUGUUCGACACCCCCUUCCUAGUCACUCCUAUGGCGUAUGAGCCACCACCGUCCCUUGACUGGUUAGGUCGCCGUAGUAGUUCUCGUGUCCCAGCUUCCGCCCAGACUGCUCUCGACCUCCUCAGUCUUCCCUUCGAGUGUCUACGGACCAUACGUUCUCUGUGGAGGACCCCGAGCAUGCAAGCUGCUCGAGAUGUCCAGGACUUCGGUGACUUCUUUGGGGCUAUGAAUCGGGCAUGGAAUGCUUCUCUCUCUACUGCGUUCCCGUCUGAGACUCUCGAUCUACCUUCGGUCAUCGGUAGCCUCCACACCAAUCCCGCGGGACCGAGUAGAUCGAAGGAGAAAGGAAAAGGAAAAGGUAAGGGUAAGAGUAAGGACAAGUGA